AUGAGCAGUGGUAUUUCGAUCCUCGUCAUCGAUGACAACAAGAUACGUGCAUCCAUCAUCGAAGAGGGAUUGCGCGAUGCCGGGCACGACAAGGUCAUCCUCGUGCAUCAGAUGGACGGCCUGGUGCGCCAGAUUGCGGACAUCAAUCCGGAUGUCAUCGUGAUCGACCUGGAAAAUCCCAACCGGGAUCAGUUGGAACACAUGUUUCAGGUGUCCCGGACCGUGCACCGGCCAAUCGCCAUGUUUGUCGACAAGGCGGACAGCCUGUCGAUUGAGGCCGCAGUCGAUGCCGGGGUUUCUGCCUACGUCGUCGACGGCCUCAAACGCGAACGUGUGAAGCCAAUUCUCGACAUGGCUGUCAGCCGGUUUCGCGCCUUUUCCAAGCUUGCCCAGGAACUGGAGGAUGCGCGCACGGAACUGGCAGAUCGGAAAUCGAUCGAUCGCGCCAAGGGAAUACUGAUGAAGUCGAAAGGGCUGUCGGAGCAGGAGGCCUAUGAACUUCUGCGACGCACCGCGAUGAACCAGAGCCGCAAGAUUAUCGACGUGGCGCAAAGCCUGAUUAUCGCCAGUGGACUGCUGGCAGACUGA